GUAACCCGGGCCCUGAAUAGAGCAGCUAUUGAUAAUCACAGGUCUGUGGUCCAUGUGCGCUCCGGUUAACUCGCAUGGCUGAACUGCUCCAUGUCCGCUAAACCGCUGAUUCAAGCCGGAUGGGCAACGCGUGGAGAUUAAACCUCGUCCGAAAUGUUUUAGGUAUGGUGAGUCUUCAUUUACAAUUAUCAGAAUCCAUGCUGGGAGAGAGUACGAUGGCAGUUCAUGGCUUCCAUUGGAGCUGAGGACUUGAGAAAGGGGGCAUCACAGCCAGCCCUGAUUGUCCAAGCGAAAUCUGCAAUUGUGCAUUCGUCGUCCAACACUUGUGCAUCUUCUGUUCACGUUGAAAGUAAAUGGCAUCAUCCUUCAUCCCUUAGUGACUCCUUACCUCGGCCUUAUGUGAAAGUGGUGUAUGAGUGGCCCCAUAAUUUCUCAGGGAUAUCCUCACAGCGUGCCUCUCCGACAGUGCCUGCACGUGCCCAGAGUACAGGUGCUCAUCCUUCUAGCAGCAGCAGCAGUAGUAGUAGUGGGGAAACAAGAGCACAUAGUGCUAUCUCAAAGAGCUUAGUUCAUAUUGGUGGCUCUACUGUAUGUCAAAGCACUUGUCAUCUGGAGCCAGUUAUUCACACUUAUCAGUCACACAGGCACCUGAGCCCUCUCAGGUUAAGGUCCAAACUUUUAGGAAAAAGAGCUUUUGCACCUCCGCUCUCAAUUUAUCCGCCUUGUCCCUCCCCACCUAAGACAUCCUCUCGCAAAGCAUCUGUGAUCGUUGAGAAAACUAUGCCUGCAAAUCAGUCUUACCCGUGGUCGAGAGGCAAGCUCAGAAGCAACAGCAAUGGGGUUAUUCGGUCCUCCACUGCCAAGGUGCCUACAAUUCCCCGGCUAGAAACAAAAGAUUUAAAGAAGUCUAGUGUUCUGGUUUCUGCCAAGAAAGAAUGCAAAGCAGACAUAAAAAAACACAGCCAAACUGUAGUGCCUUUAGAGGAUAAAUACACAGAUGUGCCUCCAAACCAUAUUUCAGACUUCUCUGAGUAUGACAAGCUUGUGGCUGAGGAUGCUAAAGAGAAUGAGCAUUUAGUGGAAUGCUGCGUGGGACAUGGAACCAGUGAAGCACCUCAAAGAAUGAGGAAAGUCAGCUCUGAGGUAGAGUUUACAGCAGCUGUACGAAAGCUCACUAAAAACACAUCACGUGUGAACAACGGGACACUAAAUGGUCUGAGUGGACCGCUAACGGCCAACUUUGAUUCUCAGUGUAACAGGAGAGAAGUCAAGACCGGUGCCAAUUCCGCAACACAAGCCUCUACAGUUUGCCUUAUUAAUGGGAGUGAAGAGUUUUACAUGGACACAAAUCCUUCCAAUGCCCUUUGCCUAGAUGAAAAUUCUCCUAGAGAUGGAAUGACUCAGGGCAGUACAUGUGCCAUUCCCGAGGACAUGGCUCACAGGAUGGACUCUCCUCAGUCUCCAACUGUUUACUCAGUAAUGAACCAGAUCUCUGCCAUACACCUCACGAAGGACUGUUGUCGGCACACUUCAGAAGAGGACCCAAGCCAAUGCCCUUUGACUAUUGAAGACGGGAGUCUGCCUGAUGUCAUGGGUCAGGUGAAUGUUGCUGUGUUACGGGAUGUCGACUCGGAGGAGGUUCCAGAUGAGUUGGAGAACGUCUGCAGUGACAAUGAUGAUGAUGGAUCAGAAUCCGAUGCCUCUUUAGCACCCUCUACGGAAGCAUCAUCAAAUCUUGAUGUGCCCAUGAGGUGUGAGUUGGAGGAUGAUCGAGAGGUGAAGCCAGCACUGGUGCCCAGUCUGUUCCCCUUCAGGCCCCCUACUUUAUACUUCAGUACAGCCAACGAAAGAGUGGAGCUGCUUCCUCUGGAGCAGAGGAGUCUUCUAAAAUGGAAAAUAAGUACCGUCACCCCAAACAUUGUCAAGCACACGAUCACUAGAUCCCAUUUCAAAGUCACCAAGAAGAACCAUGACUGGCUGGGCUGCUGGGGUCAUCAUAUGAAGUCGCCUGGGUUCAAGGCCAUACGAGAGUACCAGAAGCUGAAUCAUUUUCCAGGUUCCUUUCAGAUUGGACGGAAAGACCGUCUGUGGAGGAACCUGUCCAAGAUGCAGACACGGUUUGGCAAGCGGGAGUUUGGCUUUUUCCCACGUUCCUUUGUGCUCCCACAGGACAUGAAACUGCUGAAGAAGGCUUGGGAGGAUGGUGGGAGCCGGCAAAAAUGGAUCAUCAAACCGCCGGCUUCAGCCCGAGGAAUUGGUAUUCAGGUUAUUCACAAGUGGAGUCAAAUGCCACGCAAGAGACCUCUCCUUGUACAGAAAUACCUUCACAAGCCCUACCUCAUUAGUGGGAAUAAAUUUGAUUUGCGUAUCUAUGUGUACGUGACCUCUUAUGACCCACUCCGUGUUUACAUCUUCAACGAUGGACUUGUCCGCUUCGCAAGCUGCAAAUAUUCCUCUUCAAUGAAAAGCCUUGGCAACAAAUUCAUGCACUUGACAAACUACAGUGUGAACAAGAAGAACUCUGAGUAUCAGACCAACAGCGAUGACAAGGCCUGCCAGGGCCAUAAAUGGGCACUGAAGGCACUAUGGCAAUAUCUGGACUCAAAAGGAAUUAACACCACUCUUAUCUGGGAGAAGAUUAAGGACAUGGUCAUCAAAACGAUCAUUGCGUCAGAUCCAUAUGUAAACACCUUGGUGAAGAAGAAUGUGCGUUCCCCGUACAGCUGUCAUGAGCUCUUUGGAUUUGAUAUCAUGCUGGAUGAGACCCUAAAGCCAUGGGUUCUUGAAGUCAACAUCUCUCCCAGUUUACACUCCAACAGUCCGCUGGAUGUGAGUAUUAAGGGCCAAAUGAUCCGUGAUGUGCUGAACCUAGCUGGGUUUGUGUUGCCUAAAAAAGAAGACAUCAUCAGCUCCAGCAGCAGUGGCAGCAGCUCCAGCAGCAGUGGCAGCAGCUCCACCAGCAGUUUGUAUGAAGGGGCACAAGAGCGAUCAAGAUCAGACCUGUCCCAUGAUGAGAAACUGAAAAGAGCUUUCUAUCUCACUCAGAACUUUGGGGACCAGGAUUCCAUCUCCACAAUUCUGGAAGUGUUAACCCCCGAUGAUGUUCGUGUUCUGGCAGAGAGUGAGGAUGAGCUAAGUCGCCUGGGAGAGUUUGAACGAAUCUUUCCUUCCCCUGCCUCCUCCCGUUACCUCCGUUUCUUCGAGCAGCCUCGCUACCUCAACAUUCUCCUUAACCAGUGGGAACAAAAGUUCGGUCAAAACCGUAGCCAAGGUAUUGAACUGCUGAGAAGUCUCUGUCAGAAAAGAGUACACUUGGGGAACCUUGCUGACUCUACACAUAAUUGGUCAUCAAAAUCCAACCAUAGACACAGAUCAGACCUCAAGAGCACCACAUUUGCCACGACAGUGCUUACAAAAUCAAGUGCAAUGGUGAGUCAGUGUGCAAGCUCCCAGCUGGAUGAAGAUGAUGACGAGUGGUCUGAUCAUGAUGUUCAGUCAGUGACCUCCAGUAUUCCAGACAUGAGUCUGAUGGGAUCAGUGAGCCCAAACUAAAGUGUGUCCAAUGCCUCACCAGGACUACCUGUGAGAGUAGUCACGUACUCUGAGACAUCCAGGGCUUCCAAACAACGCACAAAAACAUGAAUACUUGCACAUUUGCAGAGCUUGAUGGAGGGUGUUGGGCUUUGUGUUUUCUGAAGUUGCUAGGAAAAAAACUUUUUAUUUUUACAUAAUUCUGUCUUUUCAAAUUUGUUAAAUAGGUUUUUGCCCCCUCAGGAAGUUGGGUUCAUAAUUGACUGGGCAGACUGUUUUAAUCACUUGCACCAUUUACAAGACUAAAGGUACGGUUUUCAAGGACUGACUAAUAGACAUGUUUGAAGCACAGAGAUCGAUAUGCAUAUGCUAUGUCUAUAUAUGCAAGCUUUUCUUCUGUUGAAAGGAGCUGCUAAGGAGUCAUGCCCGUGUGCAUGAGCCAAUCAGAUUCCUUUACUGGUUUGUUUACAUUUUGGACAGGCCCACCGGGGUCAGUACUACUUACAAGUGAAUUUUGAAAAAGAGUUAAUUGUAACA